GCACCACGAUAGGCAGAAACCAUUUUUCAUGACACUGAAUGCAUGUUUGGUUGUUUCUGGAACCUACAAUAUUCUAGAGAAUGCAUGGACCUUCAACCACAAAGAGGAGUGUUUGACAGUUGUGGAGAACUAUGUUGAAGAUAUUAAUGAAAACGAUGCUUUAACUCCCGAAGUGGCUGGUUUUUAG